GGUGCGGGGCGGCAUGGCGGGCGCUGCGGGGCGGCUGCUGCGGCUGGUGCUGGUGCUGCGGCUGCUGGCGGCCCUGCCGGCCGGGGCCGAGCGGGAGCUGCGCUUCAGGCCGCCGGCCGAGGCCCCCGUCCGGCUCUUCACCGAGCCCGAGCUGGCCAGAUACGCCGGGCAGCAGGAAGGACAGCCCAUUUACCUGGCAGUGAAGGGAGUAGUAUUUGAUGUCACUUCUGGAAAAGAAUUUUAUGGAAAAGGAGCCCCAUACAAUGCUUUGGUUGGAAAAGACUCAACAAGGGGAGUUGCAAAGAUGUCUCUGGAUCCAGCAGAUCUUACACAUGACAUAACAGGACUCACAGAAGAGGAACUGAAGUCCCUGGAUGAUAUCUUCAAUAAUGUUUAUAAGGCCAAAUAUCCAAUUGUUGGCUAUACUACUAGACGAAUUCUGAAUGAGGAUGGCAGCCCCAAUCUAGACUUUAAACCUGAAGAUCAGCUGCAUUUCAACAUUAAAGAUGAGUUUUAAGGAACAUUUUUGCCCCUAGAGAAUGCCUGGGGAGAAGCAAGAUAGAGUAUUAGAUUGAAUCCCGAUUCUCUGGAGUUCAUUACAACAAUUAGCUAUCACAAGUCCAUCUUCUGUUUAAAAAAUAUGGAUGCGUGUACACACAUAGUUCACACAGUUUUCUUCCUUCAAGGAAAAAAACAGUUCUGUAUUAGUGUCAUACACUUGUACUGUUUGCUCCGAAUUAUUGUUUCACGUGAAAGUUCUUUCUGCCUGGAUUUCUCCGUUUACAAGUGUGUCACACAGAAUUUCAUUUCUUAUAAGAGAUAAGGAAGUUUUUGAUAGUCGGAACAUGACUGGUCUUUUUGUCAGUCCCAAGUUGUUUCCCACUCCUUGGAAAAGUGUGAAUGCAUUAUCUGGACGAGCUAACAUCAGUUCUUUGUGCUUCAAGGGCGUGUAGGUAUCACAUGUAUAAGCAGGUGUAAUACAGGCUUACAGUUUAAAAAGCAUUGUGAGAUUUAAUAUUUGAGAGUACUGGAUAUAAACCCACUCACUCUCUUAAAAUGCAGUUAUGGUGGAAUAUUUAUGCAAAGCCUACAUCUGUAAACCAAGAAAAAUAAAUAUUUUUCCCCCACGAGAA